CAGGAGCAGGCACAUUUUUGUCUUGGAAGAUACGCCUAUUCCUCUCAAGCCACACUUGCCAACAAACCGCAUGUAAAGCACAAUAAUGAAUCCAUCCUGAAAUGUUCCCUGGCUCAUCCUUUCUCCACCUUUGAAUCGUUGUUCCAAUAUCAGUAGAUGGCGGGACAAAGAAGUUGCCAACUCUCAUGAUCCGCCACCGCCAACUUAUGGGUGAGCGAGAGGCAAUCUGUUCCGAGGAAGUCGGAACAGAUUGCCUCUCGCUCACCCAUAAGUUGGCGGUGGCGGAGAAUAUUCACACUGAGAUUGGUGUAAUAUUUCGUAACAUACUCAGGCUCCUUCAAGAUGUUGGAAAUGGUGUUUGGCAGUACGCUCCAAGGGAAGGGAACAUGGCUGCUCAUAUCAUGGCUCACACAGAGACUAGAUGGAAUGAGAGAGAGGUCUGGAUAGAUAGACCUCCUAUGAUUCUUGUUGAUCAGAUCAUGUUGGACAAUGUAACCGCGGAUUCUGAUUAAUAAAGCCUUACAGAAUUGAUAAAAAAAAAAUAAUAAUGUGCAGACUUCCAC